AUGGCGGCGCAGGAUUACGACGUUGCGAUUGUUGGCGGGGGCCCUGCGGGGCUCACAGCCGGCAUCUAUUGUUCUAGGUACGGCCUGAGAACAGUGAUCAUCGAGAAGAUGAUGGGCGGGGCUCAGGUGAUUAACACGGAGCGCAUCGAGAAUUACCCUGGGCUGCCAAACGGCAUCCCUGGGGCGGAGUUCGGCCCCAUGUUGCAGGACCACGCGAUGAAGGCAGGGGCCUCGGUCAAGCUGGCAGAAGCCAGCCGGGUGGGCCUGUCAGGAGACCACCGCACGGUAUCCACAGACGACGGCGACAUCCUAGCCAAGGCGGUCAUCAUCGCCGCUGGCUCCAGCUUGCGAAAGUUGGGCAUCCCAGGCGAAGACGGCUACACCGGCAAUGGCGUCUCCCAUUGCGCCACCUGUGACGGACCACUGUUCUCCGGAACCGUUGUGGGAGUCGUCGGUGGCGGAGACACCGCUGCAGACGAGGCCUUGACGCUGACCAAGUACGUCGAGCGCGUGAUACUGUUCCACCGCCGUGACCGCCUGCGGGCACAGCAGGUGCUGCAGGACCGCGUCCGCACCAACACAAAGAUUGAGACGGUGUGGAACACCGAGGUACGCCAGAUAGUCGGCACCAAUACCGUCACCAGUGUGCAGGUACGCAACGUGGUCACACGGCUGGACAACGAGGUGGACUUGGCGGGGCUGUUCAUCUACAUAGGGCUGGAACCCAACUCCGCCAUGGUGCGCGAGGUAGUACGGGUGGACAGGGCAGGGCACAUUGAGGUGGACGCGUGGAUGCAGACAUCGCGUCAAGGCAUCUUUGCCGCUGGUGACAUCCGUCAGGGGUCGGCGGCCCAGCUCAUAACCUCUGCGGGGGACGGAGCUACGGCUGCCAUCGCCGCCCAUCGGUAUAUCGCUGGGGUACAAUGGGCCCGUCGCUAG